AGGCAUUGUUUGAUCCUGGAGAUCGCUCGGCUAUAUGCGGCUUGUGUCCUAGGCUUUUAGACUUGAUGACCUGAGAAUCCGGGGCUCGAUGGAAUCAUGUUGUCGCCGGAGCGAUGCACGGGAUGCUAGCCCCUUACACGGCGCUUACGGCACUCGUAUUGAUUGGAUUGGUCGACCUGUUAGUGCUGACUUCAGGUUAUCAUCACGGCACCGUCUGCAACGGUUGGGACUACAGUCAUCAAACCGCAAGUCACGGCGAACACCGACGGUGCCGACUGUCGACUGUUGCACCGUGGCCGCUGUCUCGCCGAGUCCGGCUCGCUGCCAAUAUCGCCGUAUUACUUUGUGUGUGUGACAGGCCUCUUCUCCUCCUGCGCUUUCGUUCUUCCAAAAUCCAGAAGUCCAGUCACAAAGACGGAGUGAGAAAAUGCGAAGGCGGCCGCAGUCCCAGUGCCGACAGACAAUACAUGUGCUAUUCCACUGCGCCCAUGCAGAUGCGGAACGGAAACAGGACAGUGCUUUGAUGACUAAUUCUAGCCGGACCCGAACCAGGAAGCAAGGCGAUUAGGAGGAGGCGAUCAAAUUUGGCAGGUCGAUCUGACGGGGAUUAAGAAGCAGUACCAGGUACUU